AUGAAAUCAACGUUGAGAUUACCAUUCUUACUACUAGUCUGCUGUCUAUCGACACUGAGUGAUGGGGCAAGCGAUGUUACAGAAUCAUGGUAUGAAACAAAAAUGAAUGAAACAGUUAUUCCAGCAUACAAAGAUGUUUAUACCAUCCUUCAACAAAGUAUAUUGAAUUCCCUAUUGGCUAAUGCGAAUACAAAAGAUAAUUCAGCUGUUAGUGAACUCGUAUCGAAUUUAACUUGUUCCGUUGAAAGCUUGUAUAAUUCUGUGGGAACAGCUGUUAAUGAAAGUCAAAAACUUCGUUCGGAAAUUGAUCAAAAAGUUGAAGACGCUGCUGCUGCCGUGAGUGCCAAGGAAGGCGAAAUCAAUGGAAAACAAGGUGAAAUUCAACAGAAAACAGCUGAAAUUCAAGGUAUCCAAACACAAUUAUCUACCGCUGAACAAGGAUUACGAGAUAAACAACAGAAUUUAGCCAAUGCAGAGAAUGCGUUGAGAAUUGCAGAAAAUGAACUUGAAGAGGCAAGAAGAUGUCAUCUUGGUCGAAAACGUCGUGACUGGUGGAGUGAUCGUGUAGGCGAUAUUGUAGGACCGAUCUGUAGUGUAUUAAAUUAUGAUGGAAUCAAUACUGCCAAAGAUGCACGUAAUAACGCGCAAAGUCAAGUUACAAGUGCACAACAACAAGUUGAUAGUUAUCGUCAACAGUUGUCGUCUAUACAAGGUCAGAAAACAGAUUUAGAUACACAGUUGUCUCAAUUGCAAGCACAAUUGCAAGCGUUACAGUCAACGCUGCUGACACUCAGGGAAGAAAGCAAUACAGUAGCGACGAUUGAUUACGAAUUGAAACGUGCUAUUGGACAUAUUAAGGGUAUUUGGGAUGCAUCUGCUGUUCUCUUUACGACAAUCAAAAAUUUAAUAAACUUUGAUCUGCUGAUCUCUCCUCUGAAUGCUAUUUACGAUGAACUGACACAGAGCAAUUUAUUGAUGAAUAUGCCAGUUGGAAUCAUUAGUAACAGUACACUGAUUAAAGUGAAACAAAGUGUGGAUAAGCUGGCAAAAGUUUUACCAAAAUUGCCGUUCAAUACAUUAUUACAUGACGCCAAUUGUGAAAAUACAAAACAGUAG